UAUGGAUCUCAUUCAUUCAAAAUUGUAAUUUGUAUUCAAAUUUGGACCGUGACAGCAAAUCUGGGUGCCAUGGCUCCCAAAGCAAAGAAGAAGCCUGCUGAUGAUGGUGGAACCACUGAGCCUUCUUUAGCUGAAAGGCUCUCAUUUCUUGACUAUCCACGACCGUUCAAGAAUCCUAGCUGGUCGAGCAGUCGGCAAGGGGCUGCAAAUAAACGUGGUCGAGGGCUGAAACAAAUCUUAGCUAGUGACCGGGAGAGGGAGAAAUUUUAUCGAGAGCAGGCGCAAUUAGCCCCGGAAGUGGAUGGAGAGGUCCCCAAAAGCCGAGAGGAGGAUGUUGUGUUCUAUCACACCGUUGAAGCCCCUCCCUCAAUAUUGCCUCAAGGAAAGUACUGUGACAUAACUGGCCUAGAAGGACCUUACACGCAUCCAACGUCAGGGUUACGAUACCAUGACCAGAGCGUAUACGAAGUCGUCAAAUCCUUGAAUCCUUCGGCUCAACAAGCGUACUUAGCUGCGAGAGGCGCAAGUAAUAUCGUCAAGUAACAUCUUGGGCGAUCGUUGGACCGAGCGCCCAGGCCUUGUGACAUUGCAUAAUGCCCCUACUACCGCAACGCUCCUUGAAACACAGAAUCCGCGAUCGAUUUCCUGCUUCUCCAUUCUUAUGUACAACACCAAGACACAAAUCGAGUAUAGUACACAAAUCCAGGUCAGGGAGAUGAUGAAGCCACUAUACGCCAGUACCAAGAAAAUGGAAUAAUAUGACGA